CGUUGUGCAGCAGCUGGUUCAUGGCGGAGCUCGAACCUGAGUCCGGAGGCUUCGUGGUGUGGGAGCAGACAUGUUGUUCAGUCCCAGUGGAGUCAGCGAGUGUCUGAGCGAAUGGGAGGAUCUGGAGAAGGACUACCAGCGGCUCCAGGACACCCAUCGUCUUUACAAGCAGAAGCUGGAGGAAGUGACCAAGCUGCAGGUCAGCUGUCAUGGAGCCAUCUCGCGUCAGAAGAAGAAGCUGAAAGAUCUCACGGCGUCGUUAGAGGAAUGCAAAAACGAAAGUCUGACACCCGAGUUGAGUCCUGACGAUGUUGAUCCCAUCACUGAAAUCGAAGACUCAAUCAAAGAUAGAACAGAUGCUUUCUGUGAGAUGGAAGCGUUUCUGCCGAGGAAGAACGGGCUCUACCUCUCUCUAGUUUUAGGAAACGUUAAUGUAACGCUCCUCAACAUACAGACAAAAUUCGCCUACAAAGACGAAUAUGAGAAGUUUAAACUGUUCCUGACCGUCAUCAUCUUCGUGUUCUCCUUCAUUUGUCGCUUCCUGUUCAGCUACAGAGCCCUCGAUGCCGUGUUCAACUUCCUGCUGGUGUGGUACUACUGCACGCUCACCAUCCGGGAGAGCAUCCUCAUCAACAACGGCUCCAGGAUUAAAGGCUGGUGGGUUUCCCAUCACUAUGUGUCGACCUUCCUGUCUGGAGUCAUGCUGACGUGGCCGAAAGGUGCCCUCUACCAGAUGUUUAGAAGCCAGUUCCUAUCAUACUGUCUUUACCGAAGUUUUGUCCAGUUUCUUCAGUGCUAUUACCAGAGCGGCUCCUUGUACCGACUCCGAGCUCUGGGGGAGAGACACAACAUGGACCUCACAAUCGAGGGGUUCCAGUCGUGGAUGUGGAGAGGUUUGACCUUCCUCCUCCCCUUCCUGUUCUUUGGACACUUCUGGCAGCUUUACAACAGUGUAACACUCUUCAAGAUGUUUCUGCUCCCGGAGUGCAAAGAGUGGCAGGUGCUGAUGUGCGGCUGUGCUUACAUGGUUCUCUUCAUGGGAAACUUCUUCACCACGCUGGGAGUGGUUUACCAGAAAUACAUGAACAACCAGGACAAGUCUAAGACCUUAUAGAACUGGAAUGAUCCAACACUGAGGCUCUGAUAUUCUCUUUAGAGCUUUCUAUCAAUGUAAUGUACAUUGUCUGAGUGGAUCAUGUACAGGUACAGCUUCUUUUAUCCAUGUUUCUUUGAUUUUCUGGUUCUUCUGAUUAUAUAUUUGAAUCUUGAAUCUUGACCAUAGAUAUUAUUAAUACCAAAGAAAAGAAAGCGACUGUCAGGUCCUAGCGGGUUAAAGUGUGAACUUGUUUUUGUAGGUGUUGGGGUGUUUUGGUCAGAGUUAUACAACUCGGAUAAGGAAGUGUUACUGAUAAAAUAUAAGAUCCCUGCUAAUACUGAGUUUAGGGGGCGGAUGUCAAUUUAUGUAUUAGGGAGUAAAACAUUUCUGAUAAAGAUAUAUCUGCCGAUAUACAUAUAUAUAUAUAUAUUUGGAGAUGUUGUUAUCCAACUAUGUGACAAAAAGUUUAAUUGAAGCUUAAUAUUUUGAAGUUUAACCACAAAUUUUAUCAUAAAUGACAACCAAAUAUAAAGGACUUAAUUUAAGAAAGUCAACAUUUUUUUACAUAUAUUGUAAAAACACAGAAUCACAUAUUUUCUUACACUGUUUUCUCAAAGUUUACAUAUCAGCCACAAACUAUCAGAUACUGAUCUGGGAAAAGCUCAUAUAAGCUCUUUUAAUUUUUUAGCAAUAAAUCAGUUGGGCUCUGAAGCAAAUAAUCGUUGUUUGCAUCAUAUUUAUUUUUGGGAAAUCCACAGUUUGUGUUUCAGCAGCUGCUUUAAUAAAACACUCCUUUGAAUCUG